CUACAAUGGGACUCUGUAAAUGUCCUAAACGACUCGUGACCAAUUUGUUUUGCUUCGAACACCGUGUAAAUGUGUGUGAAAACUGCAUUGUAACGAGUCAUCCAAAGUGCAUUGUUCAGUCAUAUCUCCAGUGGCUCAAGGAUAGCGAUUACAACUCAUCUUGUUCCCUGUGUGGUGAAAAUCUCGAUGCCGAUGAUUGUGUUCGACUAAUUUGCUUUCAUGUCUUUCAUUGGAAGUGCAUCAACAGCAGACAGGAGUCCCUGCCGCCCAACACGGCUCCUGGCGGCCACUCGUGUCCCACAUGCUCAGAGAAGAUCUUUCCUCCUGUUCAUCUGGUGUCUCCGGUGGCGGAUGUGCUGCGCAGCCGACUGUCGCAGGUGAAUUGGGGCCGGAAUGAGCUGGGAUUGCCGCUUCUGGCUGACGAGAAGAAGGAGCAACGCUCGGGAUCGAGCCAAGGGCCAUCCGGAGUGACUAGCACGAAGUCGAAGGACAACUGGGAUGUCUUCCAAGCGUCUCAGUCGCACUCCGUCCUCAACAUAGACACAUUCAACGCGAGCAGUAGACGUCCUCUCCUGGCCAGAGAGCCUCCGAUUGGGGCCUCGGACAGAGAUGAGAACAAAUACAAGCGCAGAUCGGUUGGUGAACUGGUGAAUCGCUGGACAAGGCGUCUCUACAGUCCAUCUUCGCGUCCUCCGUGGCGUCGCACGUGGUUCAUCUGCCUGGCAGGACUGCUGGUGUUUGUCCUCGUGAUCUACGUGAUGGCCAAAGUGGGACGCAGUGGCAACAGCGACGGUUUCUUCGACAUGGACUUGAAUCCCAACAUCAAGUACGAAUAGGAAUCGAUGGACAUUCCGCGGUCGAGUCAAAUAUUUUAUCGAUAUAUCCUCUGCUCCCCAGCAAAAGUAUCCCCC